AUGAUUUUUGUUGCUAAUGAUGGUGGAAAUAUUGCUAGACGUACUGAUCAUACAGAAUGGUUUAAACAAAAUGAUAAACAUGUUACUAUUUAUAUUACAACAACAAGUAACUCUUAUUUGGGAAGUAAAGAUUGUUAUGGAGAUAUUUCUGAAGAGUUUAAAAGUUGUUAUCCAGAAAAGGAUAAAAUACUUAGAAGAAUUGGAGACAUGUGUGGAGCAGAUGGAGGUUAUAAUCCAGAAUCUGUAGCUGUACGUGCCGUUGUUAGAGCUGACGAUUUAGGUUUGGCUAGUUCUCUUCCUGAAUUUGCUAUGAAAGACGAAAUUUUUACAUGUAAAAAUGCGACGUCUCCAAAACAGCGCUGGCGUGUUGCUAUUGCUUUAUUUCAAGAUUAUAACAAAGUACUAAACGAGUUUAUAAUGGUUAAAAAUUCAGAAAAUAAUACAAGUUUUCAACUAGGAACUAAAAGCAACAUUCCUUUAAAUAUUCCAAUGAUUAUUACUGAGGGUAGGCCUAACAAUUUUGAGACAAAUUCUUUUGUGAAUAUUCCAUUAAAUAAUUUAUAUUUUGGAAUUGCUGCUUUAUUUGGAAUUUUAAUUACUCUAAUUUGUAUGGCAAUAAUAGCAGUCAGUAUAUGUUUUAUAAUCAAAUACAACCAAAAAAAGAAAUUAAUUUGUUUGGGGAAGAAAUAUGAGUAUUGUUGA